AUGGCCACUUCAACCGGUACCGGCUGGGCUCAGCUCCGGCAGCAAGCCCGCUCACUUGAGACUCAAACAGAGAACCUCUUCCACACCUACUCCCAAUACGCCUCGAUAACUAAGCUCCCUCCGACCCCCUCGGAAGAGGAGCAACGAAUCGAAUCCCAACUCCAAGACCUACUAGAACGACGCGACACUCUUAUCUCACAACUGUCCCGCCUCCUCGAUUCCGAAGCAACCCUCACCUCCUCGGCCCUCAAACAAAACAACCUCUCCCGCCACCGCGAAGUCCUCCACGACCACCGUCGCGAACUCCAACGGCUGAAAUCCGCCAUCAGUGAAUCCCGCGACCGCGCCAAUCUCCUUUCCAACGUUCGCUCCGAUAUCGAUGCCUACCGCGCCUCGAACCCCGCCCAGGCAGAGGCAGACUACAUGCUUGAAGAGCGGGGUCGGAUUGAUGAAAGCCAUAAUAUGAUGGAUGGGGUGUUGAGUCAGGCGUAUGCGAUUAAUGAGAACUUUGGGCUGCAGAGGGAGACCCUGGCGAGUAUUAAUCGGAAGAUUGUGGGUGCGGCGAGCUCGGUGCCGGGCAUGAAUGCGUUGAUUGGGAAGAUUGGGUCGAAGAGGAGAAGGGAUGCGUUGAUUUUGGGGGCUUUUAUUGGGGUUUGCUUUUUGGUGUUGGUUUGGGUUAGGUGA